CUACUUCCUCUUCUCUCUCUUCUUUCUUUUCUCCUAUCUACUUCCUCCUAUUCCCUCUCUUCUCUUAUCCUAUCUCCUCUUACUCUCUCCACCACCAUUAACACGCCACCCAUCAAAGCUCUCUCUUAUUUGUUUGCUUCAAGCCAAGACCAUGACAAAGAAGAAGAUGGUGAUCAAAGUAUUCAUGAACGGUAACAGCAAGACUCGCUCCAAGGCCCUGCAAAUUGCAGUUACCACUAAUGGAGUGCAAUCUGCAGCUCUAGGAGAGAAGGAUAAGGACCAGCUAGAGGUGGUAGGAGAAGGAGUGGAUGCAGUGAAACUCAUAGCUUCAUUGAGAAAGAAGUUGGCGAAAUGGCCUUGCUUGACUUAUAUUAUGCCAAAAACUCAAGUGCACGCAGAGCUUCUAAACAUGAAGGACGUAGAGGAGAAAAAGUAAGAAAAGGAAGCGGAGACUAAACCAGUGGCUCCUUCUGCCGACAAUUAUAUCUACCACCACAAUCCCAACCCUUUCUGCAUAUACAUAUAGCUUGCUUUCAUUUACUUUGUUUAUGCUUCUUGCUUGAUUUUUAUCAUUAAGGGAAUCAAUUAUUUUUGAAUUAUACUUCAAACAGCAAUGUUAAGCAAAUCGAUAUUUGGUAAUCAUGAUUACACCACUAUUUCAAAAAGUCCC